AUGAAAGUUAUUUCAUCAAAAUGCUUUAUUUUAUUGACUUUAGCCACUUCAAGCUUGUUAACAUCAAGCAUCUUUUGUACAGAUGAAUUAAUGAUGUCCAAUUUUCACAGCAAAGAAAAUUAUGACAAAUAUUCUGAGCCUAAAGGAGACCCUGAGGGAGAAAAGGAAAGAAGUCUCAGUUUUGAAGAGCUCCAAGACUGGGGUCCAAAAACUGUCAUUAAGAUGAGUGCACCCACAGUCAACAAAAUGCCACACUCAGCUGCCAAUUUGCCAUUGAGAUUUGGGAGGACCAUGGAAGAAGAAAGAAGCACUGGGGCAAUGGCCAACCUGCCCCUGAGAUUUGGAAGAAAUAUAAAGGAAAGUAUCUCAAGACAUGUUCCUAAUCUGCCCCAAAGGUUUGGGAGAACAACAGCCAAAAGCGUCGCCAAGACACGGAGUGAUUUGCUCCAACAAUCCAUGCUUUCACCAUCUGCCAGUGAGUUACUCUACUCCAUGAACUGCCAGCCCCGAGAAAUCCAGAAUCCUGAUCAAAAACACCCAUGGAGACUAGGAUUCAAGAAAAUAGACGAUACAGAACUGAAACAAGAAAAAUAA